UGUCCUCUACCCAAUGAAUGGACUUAGGGUCUUUGUUGUUUUUAUGGGUGUUGGAGACCCUUUCCACCCACAUCUGUGGAAGCUUAGACACAAGCUAGAGUCAGAAGUUUCCCAGAGUCAACACUUGGUGGGUGCAGUUCAGUACUGACAAAGAGAUAUUGAUUUUUAGGGUCAGCUCAUCCAAGACUGAGCCUUUUUCCUCUGUGAGCUGAGGAAUGGGGAGUGUUAGGUCAUGGGUUGUAAGAAGAAAACUGCAGAACUGUGGAAUGGUCCUCUAAUAAUGGUGUCUGGAGUGCCAACAAUCAGAAUGAGCUGACUGACAAGAAAUGUGAAGGGAAGCAAAGAAGAGAGGGCGAGGAAAGGGAUAGACUCACUGCUGAGUGUGCACGAGACGGUGAUAAAAAAUGACAUGGAGAAAGCGGAAACACUCCACCUUUAUUUGAGUUUUAUUUUCUCUCUCACAGAGAAUAAUAUUUGAAUUAGAAAGAAAAGAACCCCAAAUAGCUUAAUAGGGAAUUGAAAUCCAAAAUGAGGAGAGAAGAGCAAGAAAGCACGUAGGUGACCUUGAUGGGUACAAGUCACCAGAUCCAGACAAACUGAAGUCCAGGACAGUGACAUAAUUGGCCAACGCGACUGGGUAUGAAGGUUGAGGAAAGGAUGCAAGCAUCACAAAAGAGACAGCAUGGUGGCUUCUGCUGGGUGAAGGUGAGUGAUCCUUCUUAGGAUCCGAGGGCAACAAAGAUGUUCAAGGUCACUGACCCCACCCUCCUCAUUUUGCACUUCAGGAAAACCAAACAGAGAGGGUUUAACUGACUUUCCUGUGUCCACACAGCCAGGAAGUGACGGAGGGAAGAACAUGAACCUAAGCGAGGGUUGUUCCUUCAAGGAAGUGGACAGCCUGAUGAAGACGGUGCAGCUGGGUGUCCACGUCCCCACUUUUUUCCUGGGUCUGUGCCUCAACCUGCUGGCCAUCUACAGCUUUGCCUCCUUCCUGAGAAAGUGGCAGGAGGAGUACAGGGCCACUUCCAUCUAUAUGAUCAACCUGGCAGUCUUCGACCUGCUGCUUGUGCUCUCUCUUCCUUUCAAGAUGGCGCUCUCCCAGGGCCCUGCCCAUGCAUCCUCCCUCUGUACCAUGGUCGAGUGUCUCUAUUUUGUCAGCAUGUAUGGGAGUGUCUUCACCAUCACCUUCAUCAGCCUCGAUCGCUAUGUGUCCAUCAAGCACCCGAUCUGGGUCAAAAACAUCCGGUCCCCAAGGAACAUCUCCGUAGUCUGCUGUUCCAUCUGGGCACUGGUGUGCAUAGGCACCAUCCCCAUCUACGAAUUCCAUGGAGAUGCAGGCAACUCCACAUGCUUCCAUAACAUGUCUGAUAGUGCCUGGGGUGUCCCAGCCAUUGUCCCCCUGGAGUUCUUCGGAUUCCUCCUCCCCAUGGGCACAGUCUGUGUCUGCUCCUUCAGCAGCAUCCACACCCUCCUGGGCAAGCAGGACCAGCGAAAUGCUUGGGCUGGGAAGAGGGCUCACGUCAUCCGCUCCAUCGCCGCCAGCCUGGCUGUCUUUGUGGUCUCCUUCCUGCCCGUGCACCUGUGCAUUUUCCUGCAGUUCCUGGUAAGGAAUGGCUUCAUCCAAGACUGCCGCACCAAGCAAGGUGUCAGCUUUGCUCUGCAGCUAGCCUUCUGCCUCUCCAACAUCAACUGCUGCCUGGACGUCUUUUGCUACUACUUUGUCAGCAAGGAAUUUAGGGCAGGGAUUAUGACUCACCACCGGCCUUUGAGAGUUCAGCUCUCUGGGAGAACUCAGCUUUUGCCACAGGAGAGCAUACCCAUAAGCACCGAGGAUACAAAGGAAAAGCUCUAAGAUUAAGGAGGACUGGGAGAGGAUUCUUGUAGAAAGGGAGGCUUUAGCUGAGCCUUGAAGGAAGCCAGAUGAGGAAACUGAGGCUUGGAGAGGAAAAGGAACCUAUAGCUGAAAGG